GCCUUAGUUACCAUGGUACAUUGUCAAGAUUGGACAGAUGCUCAUGCAACGUUUUAUGGUGAUGCUAAGGGUGGUGAUACCGAGAAGGGUGCUUGUGUUUAUAGAACACUUACGCAAGGAUAUGGACUGCAAACAACAGCUCUUAGCACAGCACUUUAUCUAGAUGGUGCAACUUGUGGAGCAUGUUAUGAAAUCAAAUGUACCAACUCAGAAUGGUGCAAAGACGGUGCUGGCACGAUCAAAGUCACGUCCACCAACUUGUGUCCACCCUCAAUUGGUCCUGAGGCAUGGUGUAAUCCUCCGUUGCAACACUUUGACUUGACACAACCCAUGUUUGUUACAAUUGCUAAGUACAAAGCCGGUAUUGUACCUGUACAAUACACGAGAGUACCUUGUACUAAGCAAGGAGGAGUCAAGUUUCUUAUUAAUGGAAACCCUAAUUUUAUUUUGGUACUAAUCUUUAAUGUUGGAGGUGUCGGAGAUGUUAAAGAAAUGAAAAUCAAGGGCUCGGGUGAUUGGGCUCAAAUGUCGCGAAAUUGGGGUAUGAACUGGCAAAUUGGUGGUUCGGGUUGGAUCAACCAAGAGUUAUCAUUCCAAGUGACUACUAGUGAUGGAAAAACCCUAGAGUUUGAAGGUGUUGUGCCAUCAAAUUGGCAAUUUAGUGAGACAUUUGAAGGAAAGUCUAAUUUUUAA